AUGGUGGAGCCGUUUGGAAUCGCAUCUCUCAGUAUCGAGGCGUGCAAAGCGCUCGUCUCGUACUGCGAUGGCUGGCGUGCCUUUGAUAGUGAAAUCGACAGUGUUAAAACGAAAGCUGAAGGGCUCCUAUCGACACUCCAACUUCUCGACAAGUUACUGGCCGGGACCAGUGCAGUUCAUCCGAUUCUCACCGCGGAUAUUGAACUUAAAAUGUCUCAGGUUGAGGCCAGGAUAACAAAGGUUUGCCAGCAGGUUACCAAAUGCUCUGUCAUUUCACAGAGCAGUGGAGUGGAGCAAAAACUGCGAGAGACAGCGAAGAAGGCGAAAUAUCCGUUUCGCAGAGAUACCUUGAAAAGUGCGGCGAAUGACUUGCAGGAUAUCCAGAUCAACCUCAACACUGCAUUACUAGCAUUGCAAAUACAGCAGACGGAGUCACUACGCAAUAUCGAGGUGCAAGGGGCUUCAAUAAUCACCACGGUCAACCAAGUCCAGUCAAGCCUUGAUACUAUGGUGGGCACCGGAUGA